UUUCGCCGCCAUCUUGGGUCGGGGGCGCGGGGGUGAGUCCGGGAGCGGAGGUCCCGCGGCUGGUGAAGCGGCCUUCUCCCUCCACCGUGGGGCGGGGGCAGGCCUGCUGGGAGCAGGACUUCAGGACGACACCAUGUCUGGAAGACUGUGGUCCAAAGCCAUUUUUGCUGGCUAUAAGCGUGGCCUCCGAAAUCAGAGGGAGCACACUGCCCUUCUGAAAAUUGAUGGAGUUUAUGCCCGUGAUGAGACUGAAUUCUACUUGGGCAAGAGAUGCGCCUAUGUAUACAAAGCUAAAAACAAUACCGUGACUCCUGGUGGGAAGCCCAACAGAACACGAGUGAUCUGGGGGAAAGUAACACGUGCCCAUGGAAACAGUGGCAUGGUUCGUGCCAAGUUCCGGUCCAACCUUCCUGCCAAGGCCAUUGGGCACAGAAUCAGAGUGAUGCUGUAUCCAUCUAGGAUCUAAAUUUUUACUAAAAAUAAAAUUCAGAAAUUGUU